UUUGUCUCUGACGUCAUUAGCGCGGGAAAUCUAACCGGAAGUUGCGACUUGUUUCCAGCUCAGCCUGCUGUAAGGAAGAUGAGCACUUCUUCAGUCUCUAAGGGAUGCUUUGUCUUCAAGCCUGGUUCUAAGAAGAGAAAGCGCACUGUUGCUAUUGAUGAGUAUUUCACAGAUGGAAGUGAUGACUGUGGGAAUGGCAGAGAACGUUUCAACAUCUGUCAAACUCUUUGGGAGAAGAUUAAAAUGGACACAGAGGUAUUGCAAGAGGAGCUAAAUACAAAAAUACUGGACAGCCUUUUAGAUUUCAUCAAAAGGUGUACCUCAAGCUUCCAGUCCAGAACGGAUGACUGGACAUCUCAUAUGAGAGCCAGUGAGAUUCCUACAGCUGCUUUGGUGCUUGGAGUGAAUGUUCCAGACCAUGAUGUCACUUUCCAGAGCCUGUCAGAGCUCUUGCGGAAGUCUGUGACCCCCUUUGCUGUCUCUGUUCAAGCCAAAGAGUGUGCAGCUCUAAAGAACCUGAUGCAGAAGGUAUUGGAAAGACUGAUGGGUGUUGGCGUAACGCUGGAGGAUGAUGAGGAGGACACUGGUAUCCAUCUACCACAUAAGAAGGUGUCCUGCUCAGUCAGUGCAUUGAGCCAGUGGUAUAAAUCUAUGAUGAAGACACGUGCCAUUAAGUCUCCAGACAAGACUGGCGGUUCUGAGAAUGGUUUCUCACAGAGUCCUCCAAUUAUUGUGAUCUUUAAGGAUUUCGAAGCUUUCAACCCACGUGUUUUACAAGACUUCAUUCUUAUCUGCAAUCGGUACAUCCAGGAGCUUCCUUUUAUCUUCAUCUUUGGAAUCGCCACGUCACCCAGCACCAUUCAGCACAUGCUGCCACACUCUGUCUCCUCACUGCUGUGCAUUGAACUCUUCCAGUCUCUGCCCUGCACACAGCAUCUUGCUACUGUUAUUGACAAGCUGAUCCUGACAUCACAGUUUCCCUUUAAGCUCAGCAGUAAGGUUUUGCAGGUGCUGGUGAGCAUCUUCCUGUACCAUGACUUCUCAGUACGCAACUUUGUUAAAGGCCUGCAGUUAGCCCUCCUGGAGCACUUCCAUUCCCAGCCCCUCAGUGUACUCUGCUGUGGGAAAAAUGAGGCUCUACUAUAUGCUCAGAAGUUGAGCCACCAGGAUGUAGAGAUGGUCCGUCAGCUGCCUUCCUUCAUGAGAUAUGUGGAGAAUCAGGAGCCUCAGGAACAAGUACAUCUUCUCACCAGUGAUGAAGGUGUUAGGGAGGUGUGUCAGAGGUUCCUAAAAGACCUAAGGAAGUACCAUAAAAACUACUACCCCGUUCUCAAAUGUCUGCAUUCUCUGACUUCAUCUCUGCCAAAGUAUCCACUUGGAAAACAAAUACGGGAGCUGCAUAUAUACUGUAUGGAGAAGAAUGUAUGGGAGACAAAUGAGUACGAGUCAGCUAUGCAGCUUUUAAGGCUUCUGGCAAAAGAUGAGCUUGUCUUGUCAUUGAGGAAGUGUGCCGACAUUCUUAAGCCAGACAAGACCAAAAAAAUGAAAAGUGCAUUACAGCAACUAGAGAACUACAUUGCCAAAUUUGAGCAGCUGGACAGCAUGUCUAUAGAGGAUCUGUGUGCAGAAGAGGUCACUUCACCAGGAAAGGAUCUUCAAAAGAAAACUGAUCUCUUCCAGCUUCAGAAAACGCUCCUGGAGAUGAAGGGCACCAGAAGAACGAAAAAAAUAAGCCCAUUUGAACUCCUGAGAAAUGAGGCACUGGAGUUCAUUGAUGGGCUGGUGAGGAGCUACUUGACUCCACCGGAGCUGCAACCACUGAACGAGGUGUGCUACUACAGCUCCUCUGGGGUCCUGCGGCGACACCUCAACGCUACUCCCCGCACCUCCAUCCAGACUGCUCUGAGUCAUCCCUUCUACUACCUGCAGAAUGAAAGCCUGAAAACAGAUGCUGGCACAGUCUCCAACUCUGCUCCUGAUAUCUGCAUUGCCUACAAGCUCCAUCUGGAGUGUGGCAGGCUCAUCAACUUGUUUGACUGGCUUGAGGCCUAUGCAACAGUGACCUCAGCUGCUGAAGGCAAGGACCCUGACUCAGAAGACUAUGGCAAAGUAGAUGAACUCAAACAUGCUCGUUUCAUUCAAGCAGUGUCUGAGCUGGAGUUUCUGGGAUUUGUGAAAUCAACAAAGCAGAAAACUGACCACGUAGCAAGACUGACUUGGGGAGGCUGUUAACUGAACUUUUUGGUGAUCUUAUCUGUUCAAAAUAAAUAAAUACUACUUUUUUGGUAAUAUGUUUUCUCCUACUGUUAUUUAAUACUAAACAAAUAAAACAAUGUUUUAUUGCAAA